GUCUAUAGCAUUCAAAAGGCCUCGGAUUCGACUCCCUCCCAUCCUCUUCUUCUCCUCUCUCUCUUAGGGUUUCCGAGAAAAAUAUUCUGCGCCAAAAGACGUUUCCGAUAGCUUAGCAAAGUUAGACAUGGAUCAAUCAGAAACGCUGCAAGCACAGCAGCAGCCCCAGCCGAUGAUGGCUUAUGGGCCUCAUUCAUAUCAGACCACGACUAUGGUGGCGGCAGGUACUCCUGCAACAGGUGUGACAUCUCCGACGCAGCUGCCACCGACGUUCUCCAAUACGUCCCAUCUUGCAUUUCAGCAAGCCCACCAAUUCCAUCACCAACAGCAGCAACAGCAACAGCAGCAGCUCCAGAUGUUUUGGGCCAACCAAAUGCAAGAGAUUGAGCAGACGACAGAUUUCAAGAACCACAGCCUCCCGUUGGCCCGGAUCAAGAAGAUCAUGAAAGCUGAUGAAGAUGUGAGGAUGAUAUCCGCAGAGGCUCCUGUGAUAUUCGCCAAGGCAUGUGAGAUGUUCAUCCUCGAGCUGACUUUACGUGCUUGGAUCCACACUGAGGAGAACAAGAGAAGGACGCUGCAGAAGAAUGACAUAGCUGCUGCGAUAUCAAGAACCGAUGUGUUUGAUUUCUUGGUGGACAUAAUCCCAAGAGACGAACUGAAAGAAGAAGGGUUAGGGGUAACGAAAGCAAGCAUACCAAUGGUGGGGUCUCCAGUGGAUAUGCCCUACUAUUACGUGCCGCCACCGCAGCAUCCGGGGAUGAUAAUGGGAAAGCUGAUGGAUCAAACAUCGGUGUUUGCACAGCAGCAGCCACGACCAGCGAUGGCGUUCAUGCCGUGGCCGCCUGAGGGGAAUCAGCAGCAGGAGCAGGGUGAGCGUGACGAGUCUUGAAGAGCACUUACAGUUACAGGGGGGUUGGUUUUAACUUUGAAGUCGCUGGGUAAUGUGUUGUCGAAUUCCUGUCCUCCCUCUGGUGUGUCUGUAUUCGUAAGAGUAAACAAUGUGGUGUAUGGUGGUCUUUAUUGCAGUGGAAGACAGAUCUCAAAUUAUGCAAUUGGUUUUGUGUAGGAGAUUUUGGUUGGAUUUCAAAAAAUAUGGUGAAACCCGAAUCUUGGGUUUGGAUU